CAUCCUCACUAACCAACAUGCAUGCUUGGGCGAAUUUUCUGAUACUUUUGCUAGUAUCAUCGCCGUUUUUCUUACAACUAUUGAAUCCAACCCAAACCGAAGCUAGAAAUUUAGUUUCCCAUGUGUCGUUUGAGGCUGAUCUCAUUCGUCGUAGUUCACCACUCUCUACCGAUUACGACUCUUCAAUGACACUACAACAACGCCAAUUGAGAGCAGCCCUUGGCUCAGUCUCUCUCGGCCAUAACAUCCGACUGUCUUCUUCAUACUUCGAUGAAAAAGAUGUUCAAACAGAUGUAACCCCAAACGGAGGGGAUUAUCUCAUGAAGAUCGCGGUUGGCACUCCACCGGUGGAAUUCACAGCUGUUAUCGACACUGGUAGUGACCUCAUUUGGCUCCAGUGCUCACCUUGCCAGCGUUGUAUCGAACACGACUCUCCAUUAUUCAACCCAACCAAUUCGUCCACCUAUCGUACCAUCCCUUGCAACUCCCAAUCUUGCACCUAUCCAGAUUUUGACAGUGGUUGUAUUCCAAAUAGUAUGGGUAGUAAUAAUGAGUCCUGUGUUUAUACAUCCAUUUAUGCAGAUGGAACAAUAAGUACUGGAAUCCUAAGUACAGACACCAUUAGUUUCCCUUCAGCGACAUUUCCAUCCUCAAUAAUCGGGUGUGGGUAUGAUCAACAAGGUAAUCUGGGUAUCCAUGGGGAUGGUAUCGUUGGUCUCGGGCUUGGGGAAUUGUCACUAGCCUCACAGUUAGGCCCAAAUAUCAACUAUAAAUUCUCCCACUGCUUGAAUCCCCUGACUUCAAGUGUAGCCGGUAAGCUCAAGUUCGGGGCUGAUGUAAACCCCGGCGCAGUUUCAACUCCUUUUACAACCCAAGACCCUCCUACAUUCUACUCCCUCACUCUCGAUGGUAUUACCGUUGGAAAUAGUUCCGUACCCGUAGGCCGGGAUAUAAUCAUAGACUCUGGUACCACACUGACUUUCUUACCAACUAGUAUCUAUGACAGCGUUAAGACCGCGGUGAAAGAUGCUAUCGUGGAUACACCCGUGCCAGACCCGAAUAAAGCUUUCGAGCCUUGCUACGAGACGCUUCCCUCGGGUGUCCCUGAUGUGGUGUUUAAUUUCAAAGGGGCUGAUGUUGUGUUAAAGGAUGUCAAUACUUUCAAGACAAUUGGGAACCUGAGUUGUCUAGCAAUUGUACCUUCAGAUGAUUCUUUCACGUUUGGGAAUAUUGCGCAAGUCAAUUUUGAGGUUGGCUAUGAUUUGAAGGCUAAGCAAAUAUCUUUUGCUCCAACAGACUGCACCAAAUAUUAGUAGUCUAAUUGUAUUUUAUAAAUUAUAAUGCAUGUAUGCUUUCCUUAAUUUUGUUAAUUUACUUAUGAUAUGAUAGUCCAUUGUGUUUUGUUCCACAAAUUAAAACAUAAUUUAAUAUACAAGUUUUUUGCUA